GGAUCGACUCUGCCAAAUCGCGAAUGUAGGCGAUGGCGAUCCUGGAGCUCGGGCGCGAUUGCGUCCGCCAGGCCUCAGGUACGCGCUCGAGAAAGUCUUUCGCACGGGCUUUUUGUUCUUUCCAGGCUGAGAGAUUGCAAUGCGGCAGCGCCAGGAGUAUUCCCGGGAGGAUUAUUGGAGCUGCAUUAGCGGCUUCUCUAUGCUGUGAAUCCAGCGCUUCCAAGCUUUGCAGUGACAACGAGCAUGGAGCAGGAAAUACUCCCCAUUCCAGAGGAGUUUCCCCCGCUGCCAGACUUUUUCUUUUCCACCAUACGAAAUGGUGCGAAAAACGAUUCGUAAACAAGCUACUUGUUGUUUUAUUAGAUUGUAUUAUAGACAACGGUCUCCGAGUUUUUUUGCUCGAGGAUCAUGAGCUGGGACUUGUAGGCGGAAACCUGAUUGUAAAAGGCGGAGGAAACUUAGAACCGGAAGGAAAGAAGUGGAGGGACUGCGUUACAUCCAAGCGAUUCAUUAGAUUUAGAACUGGAGUCCAUGGCAGCUCGAAUAGAAGCAUCGUCCAGUGGUGGGAGUAUGGGUGUCGGCUUUCGUUGCCUUGAGGACGACCUCAAAACUGUGUUUUCUAUAUUUUCAGAUGUCGUCCAGAGGCCAACCAUGCCUAGAGAGAAGCUAGAACUUGUUGGAGGACAGCUUCUGGGCUAUAUCUCUCGAAGAAAAGAUGACGUAGGCGAGUAGAAUCUGCAGGCGAUCUUUUUAAAAUAUUUUUUUCCUUCAUCAGGCUGAAACUUCAGCUACAAUCAAGUUGCAAAAGCUGCUGUAUGGGGAUAAAAGUAUUUAUGCUCGAUUGCCCGAGCAAAACACGGUGAGAUCCAUUUUUCGUAACGACCUGGUUGCAUUUCACAGACAGGUUUUCCGCUGUGUUAGGAAUUUGGGGUGAUUUUGACUCUUCGAUGAUGAAGUCGCUGAUUGAAACGGAGUUUUCAACAUGGCGGACGCCAGAAAACACUAGCAGGCUUUUACCAGUCAACACCAUGCCCCAGCUUUUCUGAAUAUAGAUUUAAAACAACGUUUUAAAAUGUCUCGCUCAAUGUUAUAAGGGGGUCUUCGUCGCCGGAGGAGAAACUCAAGUUCAAUCUAUUUCCCAAGCUUCUAAAAGCCGUCAAGGCAGUGUUGGUGUCAA